CUUCAAAGUGUUAAUAAAGAUGAUGGCUGAGCACAAUCCUCCAAAGGAAAACCACCUGGAAUCGAGCUCUACAAUUAAAUGGAUGCAAAAACGGUUUCAUAAAACUGCAAAAUCAAAGUAUUUAGGUGGAAAAGGGAAGGAAUAUACUGACAAAAAAAUCAUUCAGCAGUAUUAAAAGAUCAUAACAAUGGGAGUAAUGCCUUAGAGACAGAAGAGCCUGUCCUUAGCACAGGUCUCACUCCUGUUUCAUCAGCAGCUGGGCUGACUGCCUUUCCUUCAAUGCAUCGAAGGAAUAGCAAGAGUAUAGUCAGUCAAGCUAUUCUAGGGAGGUCUCCUGUAAAAAAUACUCAGGAAAUAAAAUUUGAUAAAGACCUUGAAAGCUUAAAGAAAAUCGAUGAACAAACUGCUGAUAAUAUCGUUGGAUAUUUUGACAAAUUUGUGAGGAGUACCAAGAUGCUUGACUGCGAAGAUGACAAUCAUAACUCAAGAAUCAGGAAAAAUUCACAAUUUCGAAAUACUAAGGAGAGUAGGAGAAGGUUCUUUCUGCAAGAGAAGAAACGUAUACGUGGAAGAAACAAAGAGGUACCUCGACUGAAGAAAAGAAUAGUUCAAAAUAGGAAAAAUUACACACAAACUCAGAAUAAUUCUCCCUAAUAUGAGGAAUCAGGGAUCUUUGAGCUGUUUAAAGCCAGGCUCUUGAGUAAAUUCGUUACAAUAUUCGUUGCUAAAUAAAGCUUAUAAGCAAAAAUAAAUUAAAGAAGGAUAAAUAUUGGGGAAUGGCAGCUGAUAAACAUGAAUUAAUUACCAAAGUUAAAACCCAAAUGGAGAAAAGAAGAUCUCUUAUGAAGCAAAAGAACUCUGUUAGUGUGCAUACUUUUGGCAAGCACCACAGUAGGAGUACAGGAAAGAUAGUAAAUAAAGCCCUUUUUAUCAAUAAAAAGAUGAUAAAAUUACAUGGGAAUAAACCGCAAAAUAAAGAUGCUAAGAAAACUAUUCAGCCGAUCUCAGCGAAAUAACAUAAUAUUU